AUGUUACCGUCCUCGGUGCGUCGCGUCGUCGCCUUAGCGCCUCCGGCCGCUGCUGCUUGCGUCUCGGCUCCUGUCGUCAUGCGCGGUCACCAGCGCCGCUUUUCCUCAUCUAAGCCCUCGCGCUCCGACAACGGCUCCAGCGAGUUCUCGGCUGGCCAAUCCGUCCCUUCCUCAUCGCGGCAUCAGGGAAAGGCCGCCGGCGACAAGCGAAAACGAAAGAGCAAGGAGGCGUCAGCCCGGGAUGCCUCAUUCAAGAAGCUGCCCAGUGUCCCUGCUACGCACCACAUGUCCCACGAAGCUCUUGGACUGUCGAGCUUCUUUUCGCUCCACCGCCCUAUAUCCAUCACCCAGACGAUGCCGCGAACGGUUUCCGAUGAGCACUUUGCUUCCAUCUUUGCGGCCCGCUCCAAGGCCAGCCGCAUCUCCGAGACCAUGUCUACCCUGUCCGACACCAUCGACCAGCUCGAAGGCCCCAUGGCCCAGAUGACAAUUGGCGGCCAGGACGAGCAGAUGCAAAGCGGCAUGCAGCGUCUCGAGGUCCGCAACGCCGACGGCAGCGAAUCUAGCGUCUACCUGCAGGUCGACACCAUGUCGGGCGACUUCUUGCCCUUUCGCCCACCGCCCUUGCCCAUGGCUCAGGCUGCGGGAGAGGGCGAGACUGCAAGCAUCACCGCCGCCACCACCGAGGCGGUCGAGGAGAAUCCCCAGCACCGCGUCUACAAGGCCAUGUUCACCAUUGAGGAGUCAACCGAGGCCGACGGCCAGAUCCGCAUCGUCGCCCACAGCCCCCGCAUCAUCAACGAGGAACAGCCGCGCAGCUUCAUCGAGCGCCUCGCCCAGCGCCAGCUGCGCUUUGACGAGGCCCGCGCGCGCCGUGCCAACGGAGACCACGCCGCCGGCGAGACGAUGGAGGCCAUCAGCGUCAAGCGCCAGCGCAAGCUGCGCAUGAAGAAGAAGAAGUACAAGAAAUUUAUGAAGCGAACGAGGAAUUUGCGCCGCAAGCUUGACCGUACAUAG